AUGCCGUGGCUUCUGAGCAAGGAGCGGCGGCAGUCGCCCUCCAGCAGCCGCAGUGGGCAGCCCUGGGCUGCCACCAGCUCCAGCAGCGCCUCCCAGCUCCGGGAGCAGGGGCUGGGCAGGCUGCACCGCGCGGCCGCCCGCGGUGACCUGGGCUGGCUGAGGCGGUGGCGCUGGUACGUCAAGGUAGUCGGCAUCGACAGGCGAGACCAGGAGAUGCGGACACCUCUGCAUCUGGCUUCGGCCAAUGGCCAUGCAGAUGUCGUGAGAUAUCUGCUAAGAAAGAACAGCCAGCCCAACCUCGCUGACAGCUUCAAGAGAACGGCCCUGAUGAAGGCAGUCCAGCAGGAGCAGGAAGAAUGUGUUGCUGUUCUGCUGGAACACGGUGCCGACCCCAAUCUGGCAGACGCGGACGGCAACACUGCCCUUCACCUGGCUGUCCUCUCUAAAAAUACAGCUGUAGCAGGGCUGUUACUGGAGCAUCAUGCCAAGAAUGAUGCUCAGAACCAGUGGGGAUUUACCCCCUUGAAACUUGCAGCCUUGCAACAGCAUGAGGAGAUUGUGGAGUGCCUUGUGAGCAAAGCAGCUGACAGGCACGCUCAAGGCCAGGGGGAAAGGACUGCUCUUGUGGUUCCUGGAAGCCAUGAGGCUCACCUGGAGGAAGAUAAUCUGCGCUUCCAGGAGGAGUUGGACAGGGCUGACGCGGAGCUGCGGGAGGAGGAAGAAAAGCAUCUUCAGUCUGAGCAUCGCGUUUGUGACUUGAAGACUGCCUUGGAUGACAAGGGAAGAGAAGCAAUAACAUCUUCCCAGAAACUGCAGGACCUCCCGUUGGCAUCUUGCGAGACUAACAUGACUGUAAAACAACUGGAAGAAGAGGCGCAAGACUUUGCAAGUGAAAAGAGCAGAUUGGAAGGCACUGUCCAGCAGCCAAGCGAUAGCGUUGAAGCCCUUCCGAGAGCCCUGCAAGCCUCUGCCUCAGGUGGUGAACUUUCCCAGCAGCUGGACAUGGAGCCUAGAAGAGGCAUGCUGCUCGAGGCUCAAAAGCAGGCUUUGCAAGGAGAGCUGUCCAGUCUGCGUGGGAAGUGUGAAAACCUGGAGAAGAGCAAAUGUCAGCUGCAAGAAGAGGUGGCAGAACUCGCUCAUCAUUUGGAGACUUUGGUGCUGGAUGGCAGCCAAAGAGAAGAAUGUAGAAGAGACGUGGAGGAACGAGCUGACCAGGAAAGAAGUCAAAAGCUACAAGACGUCAGCCUCGUUUUGCAAGCACAGGCCCGAUUAGGACAAAUCAGAGACAGUCAUUGUGAUUCCGUGAGAAUCCAGUUGGAAGACAGAAUUAGAGGCCUCGAAAGUGAAUUGGACAGGGUAAAAAGAACCCAACAAGAGAGUGCUUCUCGUAAAGAAGCAACGCAGGCAGAAAUGACGAUGUACAAAGACCUGUAUCUGGAGGAAGUGAAAACCAGAAGAUGCCUAGCCAAGAAAGUGGAAAGGUUGGAAAAGCUUCUGAGGCUAGAGAGGAGGAAAGUCAGGCUUAAUGAAGAGAAAGAAAGCCAGCCCCAGCUGGAGGAAAUGAAGAAGAGUUAUUCUGAAAAGGUCAAGGAAGUUGACAGAUUACGAAGAGAGUGGGAGAUGACUCUAAGUAAUCCGGAGGUAGUUCUCCUUCUGGGGAAAGAUGCAAAUGUUAAGGACAAAGCAGUUGCUGAACUUUCCCAGCAGCUGGACAGGGAAUGUCAAAAGUGCACGCAGCUGGAAGCCAAAAAUCAAGAUUUGCAAGACGAACUGUCUACCCUGCGUGGGAAGUGCGAGAACCUGGAGAUGGACAAAUGCCAGCUGCAAGAAGAGCUGGCAAAACUCCGGCAUCAUUUGGAGACUGACUUGGUGGAUCGCAGCCAACUCGAACAAUGGAAAAAAGAGGUGGAAGAGCAAGCCGACCGGGAACUCAGACAAAAACUCCAGGAAGUCAAUGAGUUUUUGCAAGCACAGGCAGCCCACCAGGACACAUUAGAAAAAAUCCGAAGCAGUCAUCUGGACUCCCUGAAAAACCAGUUAGAAGAGAGAAUUAGAGAUCUUGACCGUGCACUGGGAAGGAUAAGAAGCAACCAAGCAGAAAGACCUUUUCAAAAAGAAUCCACCCAGGCAGAAGUGGAAAAGUAUAAAGAACUGUAUGUGGUGGAAGCAAAAAGCAGAAAAAGCCUAGCCAAGAGACUGGAAAGAGUUCCAGCAGUAACAGCACAGUAG